AUGCGCAACCUCUUUAAGAGCAAGUCGCCUUCGAAUCGGACAAGUCACCAUUCUAUGCGCAGCGCCGAACAGUUGGCCCACCCCGCGUUUACUCCACCGGACCCCAACGCACCCAACACGGAGUCUGACCGGCGCCUUGCACAAUUCGAGUACUCUGGUUCUGUACAGAAUCAGCCUCAGGGUUUGAAUCGGUCGCAAAGUCAGCGUCAAAAACCUUUACGUGACCGACCGACCGUCAACGUCACCGUCCCCGACGACUCGCGCAAAAAGGGCCGUGUCGAGCGCAGCGUCUCUGUCAAGGGCAAACCAAUCUCACAACCUACCUCACCUGGAACUUUACAUCCAGAGACCUUGGACGAGUCCGACGAAUUUCCGCCACAUCUCCGGCAUUCCUACACCGAGAACCCCUCACCUGUGGCGCCGCAAUCUCUCGCGUACCAACCGAAAUACCAGGGCCAACGAGCUCCCCGACCUUCCCAUCCUGCUCACGUCCAAGACAACCCCGAGUGGUCACAGAAACCUGUGCAGCCUGUGCAACCGCUUUAUACCAAACUCCAGCGAUCCAACACCGACUCGACCCUUGAUCAGUACUCCCGACCGUCGCCCACCGAUAUCCCCGAAUCACCACGAUACACGGAACAUCUUCAUCGGGGACAGGCUUUCUCUGCCCAGGAUCCGGUAUUGAAUACUCGGCCCCCAUCCCAGCAGACUCACGAGCCGCUUUCCCCGUUGCAGUCCCGUUACCCUGACGCCAUGCAGUCUUCCGCGCAGGCAUCAAACCAGGGUUUUUAUCCGUUGGACAGACAAAAAUCCGCCGGUUCUCCGCAGCAGAACCGGAGUCGGCAGGGGAGUGUGUCAAACAACAUGCCUGAUCCCGGACGGAGUACACCCACCAAAACACACCGCCGGGAGGAGUCCGGGGAAGUGGACGUGCGGGCAUUGAUCCAGAAGCAUGAUGAACUCCAGGCCAAGUAUUCCAAGGUGAAACGAUACUACUUUGAGAAAGAUGCGCAGGUGCAGCAUCUCCAGAACACGGUGGCGCACCAGCGAAUGGCGGUGUCGCGUACCGUACUUGACGAUAAUGAAUACACCAGCCGGUUCCAGCGCCUGGACGGAGCGAUUAAAGACCUGGCAUUCUCCGUGCGCAAAGAUUGGCGCAGUAUUCCGGCGUGGCUGAAUGGAAUGGUCACUGACGAUGCUUUGUCGGUCGGCACGAAAGAAAUGACCCCGGUCGGACGGGCAGUAAUCAGCCGGUGGCUAGUAGAGGAAGUAUUCCAGCGAUAUUUCCAUCCGUGCUUGGAUCCGACAUUUAGCGUGCAGCUGAAGAGUAUCGAAAUGAACCUGCGACGGCAGCGACCGACAUCGGAAGAAGACCGCGAGAAUGCUUCCGCGAGACUCUCCUACUGGCGUCGCACGACCUUCGACGGACUGGGUGAUUCCUUAGUCGGACCCGAGGCCCAAGAACGUCGCGUUGAGCUAGUGGAGCAUCUAAUCGUGGAGCUCGCUGCCUUCAUAGGAUCCCAACUGCACGAAAUCGCGCUGCCAGGGCUAGAAGCAAGCGUGCGUAUGAUUAUCGAGAACUCCGUCAACAUCAUCGAGAAAAUCCCGCUCGAAGCUCGCGAUGUCUGCGUCGAUUACUUCCCACCGGGCAUCUCCCUCGCUGAGCAAUACAUGAAGGUCGAAGGCCAACUACCCGCACUGAGCCACCCGCCCCCGCCACCCUCGGACCCAGAGCAGCUCGAGGAGCCUGUCGCGGCAGAGGGAGAUACCUCAUCCGGCUCAACCGGAGCGGUAGAGAGUACUUCAUCGGCACAGAAAAAGUCGACGAAAAAGUCCAUAUUUGGCGCGUUGAUAAGCCGCAAGCAUGGCGGCGAGAACAGUCGUUCGACGCCGCCGCCUGGGCCAACCGAGGACAAGAGCGAGCCUGCAGAGGUAGCGCCGAGCGCCCCGCGCAUUCGGUUUGCAGCGUUCCUGGCUGUUGAAGUGCGCGGCAAGGGGCCUGCAACGGUGCUGAUCAAGUCGCCCGUGUGGCUGGUGGAAUAA